CUGAUACUUUACAAGAAGUAUAUCUAUACCUUUCAUCUCACAAUGCACUUCAUCAAUCUAUUAAAAGAAUUAGAAAUGUGAAUUUACCUGCAGUACCAGAAUCUUUAAGAGACCUUGUUAUUCUUAAAAAUUUAAAAAAAAUCUUAAAUAGUUCUAAGUUUUUAGUUAAAGAUUCUAUAGUAGAUAAUAACA